CCUGGGACCUUGCCCCACCCCAGGGCUCCUGUUCAGGCACCUGCCCAGCCAGCUUCUGGGAAGGGCAGUGGGCAGGGCAGAUGCAUCCAGAUCCCACCUGAGGGACCCAGGGAAGUCCACUGAGGUGGAGGGGGAGGCUUAGGGAGCAUGGAGGCUCUGAGCUGGGACAGCAUCUCUACCAGGAACCUGUGGGGAGAGAGCAGCUGCUUCACCCUGCCCCUCAUUUCUUUGGGUCUAAAGCCUGAGCUCACAGAAUCUCUACGACCAGGAGCAAAGAGGGAGCAGCCCAAGUGCACAGCUGGGUUUGUGGGGAGCAGUGCCAGGUCAGGAGCUGAGGCAGUUGCCCAGCCUGGGCCAUCCCUGGGUCUCCAGAUAGCACCUCUCCCUCUGAGGCAUGGGUCCCCUUGGAGUCUUGGGAUCUUAGUGCUGCAUUUGCUCACUUAUACACCCAAUGAGACACACAAAAUAUGUGUAUGUACACGUGCUUACAUAUGCACAAAUAUGUGACACUUGUACAGAUGUGCACACACUGCAUAGAUGUGCACACAAUACCACACAUGUGUAUACACACAUUUGCAAACUCAGCUCAUAUCUACAUAGGCCCGAUACAGCCAUGUUUGGGGACAGACAUGUACACAUGCAUACCCAUGCACACACACACUAUAUACAUGCACACACUUGCAAAAGGACUCAGAAACACUCACACUGACAGGCGCUCCAGCCCCAAAGGGCCUCUGUGUUUCUCUGUGGGUCUGUGGGUCCAUGGCUACCUUCAAAGGCCUGCCCUCCUGUCCCCACCCACUCUCCAUGGGCUUGCUUGACUCGUUCAUUUGGUGCCCUCUGAGAUGACUCUGGGUCCUGAUUCUUAUUGGCAUCUGCUGUUCCCUCAUGCACCUUUGUCUGUGUCUCCCAGAAUCCCAGUCCCAGUCACAAGCUGGCAUCAAGUGGGCACACUGUGCUUGUGAUUAAUGUCUAUCUUGGGGCAGAGUCCAGGGAGGCUCAAGGCUCCUACACACACACCCGCUGAAUCCUGAGCGCCCUGAGCUGCCGGCAUGGGGCGUGCCGAGGCCGCCGCCAUGAUCCCAGGCCUGGCCCUGCUCUGGGCAGCGGGGCUGGGGCAAGUUACCUCCAGCCCGCCACGCCUUCGGCUCUCCUUUCAAGAGCUCCAGGCCUGGCAUGGGCUCCGGAACUUCAGGCUGGAACGGACCUGUUGCUAUGAAGCUUUGCUGGUGGAUGAGGAACGUGGACGCCUGUUUGUGGGUGCUGAGAACCAUGUGGCCUCACUUAGCUUGGACAACAUCAGCAAACAGGCCAAGAAGCUGUCCUGGCCAGCCCCUGUGGAAUGGCGGGAAGAGUGCAACUGGGCAGGGAAGGACAUUGGUACUGAGUGCAUGAACUUUGUGAAGUUGCUCCAUCCCUACAACCACACACAUGUGCUGGCCUGCGGCACGGGGGCCUUCCACCCCAUCUGUGCAUUUGUGGAAGUGGGCCACCGGCUGGAGGAACCCAUACUUUGGUUGGAACCGAGAAGGUUUGAGGAUGGCAAGGGGAAGAGCCCCUAUGAUCCCAGGCAUCGGGCGGCCUCCGUGCUGGUGGGGGAGGAGCUGUACUCGGGGGUGGCAGCAGACCUCAUGGGCCGGGACUUUACCAUCUUCCGCAGCCUGGGCCGACGACCGAGUCUCCGAACAGAGCCUCAUGAUUCCCGCUGGCUUAAUGAACCCAAGUUUGUCAAGGUCUUUUGGAUCCCUGAGAGUGAGAACCCAGACGACGACAAAAUCUACUUCUUCUUCCAUGAGUUGGCAGUGGAGGCAGCACCAGUACUGGGGCGCCUGACUGUGUCUCGAGUCGGCCAGAUCUGCCGGAAUGACAUGGGCGGCCAGCGCAGCUUGGUCAAUAAGUGGACGACGUUCCUGAAGGCACGGCUGGUAUGCUCCAUGCCUGGUGUGGAGGGCUACACUCACUUCGACCAGCUCCAGGAUGUGUUCCUGCUGUCCUCUCGGGACCCCCGGAACCCACUGCUCUACACUGUCUUUUCCACAUCCAGCGGCAUCUUCCAGGGCUCUGCUGUGUGCGUGUACAGCAUGAACGAUGUGCGCCGGGCCUUCCUGGGACCCUUUGCACACAAGGAGGGGCCCACACACCAGUGGGUGUCCUACCAGGGCCGUGUCCCCUACCCCCGGCCUGGCAUGUGCCCCAGCAAGACCUUUGGCACCUUUAGUUCCACCAAGGACUUCCCUGAUGACGUCAUCCAGUUUGCUCGAAACCACCCUCUCAUGUACAACCCUAUCCUGCCCAUCGGUGGGCGGCCUGUCUUCAUGCAAGUGAGUGCCGGUUAUACCUUCACUCAAAUCGCUGUCGACCGUGUAGCAGCUGCUGACGGACACUAUGACGUCCUCUUCAUUGGUACAGAUGUGGGGACAGUGCUAAAGGUGAUCUCAGUACCCAAGGGCAACCAGCUGAGUUCUGAGGGGCUGCUUCUGGAGGAGCUGCAUGUGUUCGAGGACUCAGCUGCUGUCACCAGCAUGCAAAUCUCCUCCAAGAGGCACCAGCUGUACACAGCCUCCAGGAGCUCAGUGGCCCAGAUCUCCUUGCAUCGCUGUGCAGCCCAUGGCCGCGCCUGUGCAGAAUGCUGUUUGGCACGUGACCCCUACUGCGCCUGGGAUGGAGCCAAGUGUACACGCUUCCAGCCUAGUGCCAAGAGGCGGUUCCGGCGGCAAGACAUAAGGAAUGGCGACCCCAGCACGCUUUGCUCGGGGGACUCGUCCCAUCCUGCACUGCUUGAGGAAAAGGUCUUCGGUGUGGAAGGUGGCAGCACUUUCUUGGAGUGUGAGCCCCGCUCACUGCAGGCACGUGUGGAGUGGACUUUCCAGCACACCGGGGAGGCUGCCCACACCGAGGUGCCUGAGAAGCGUGCCGAUCAGGUGGCGCGGGGGCUACUGCUGCGAGGACUUAGCCGUCAAGACUCGGGCGUGUACCUGUGCGCCGCCGUGGAGCAAGGCUUUUCACAACCGCUUCGUCGCUUCCAGCUGCACAUCCUGAGCGCCAAGCAGGCUGAGAGGCUGACGCGUGUCCAAGAGGCUGCGCCCCCUGCACCCCCAGGACCUAAACUGUGGUACAGGGACUUUCUGCAGCUGGUGGAGCCGGGCGGCGGCGGAGGCAAGAGCUCCCUGCGCAUGUGCCGACCACAGCCUGCGCUGCAAGUCCCGGGGCCCGAGACGCGCCGGAAGGGCCGCAAUCGGCGGACACACGCUUCCGAGCCGCGUGGGGAGAGGGGGCCUCGCAGUGCAAGGCACUGGUGACUGGGUUGUCCCCACGCGGGGACCAGGCAGGAGACAACGGGCCAGAGGGGGCAGACAGGCCCCAGGAAGACGGAUGGGCUGGAGCUGGGCACACCAUGGUCCCCGGGCCAAUGGAGACACCGAAUGACAAGGCCCUGGCAGAAGAGCAGCUGCGCUGGCUUAUUUAUUAUUAACAGGAUAACCCUUGAAUGUAGCCCCUUAAGGGCGGCCCAGGCCGGGUGCAGAAUGUGGCCCAGAGAGAGGGAACAGAGAAGCAGGGUUUCAGAGCAACAACGAGGGCCAGGGAGGUGCCCUGAGUGCCCACACUGGAAGGUGGAAGGAUUCCCCUCCUAGCAGUGAGCAUAAGGCUGUGAACAAGCUGGGCCACUGGGGGUAGGAUAGGGCAGGCUGGCUGUACUAAAGUAAUGCAAUAAACACUUUAUCAGCUGAAGCUGGAAUGGCCACAGCCUACAAUUGCUACUCUUAGAAUUUGCUAUGUGGUUUUGGGCAUCUGGCUAGUAGUCUCCUCCUGUCCAAGAUUGCUGUGGUGAGGAUUUAAAAUGGCAUAUACAUAACUGAGCAGGUUAUAUACUGACAGGCACAGUACAUUCUGUGUAAUGUCAUUUAGGGGCUAAGUGAACCAGAAGUGCUGAUACAUGCCUGUAAUA